GGAGGGACCAUAGGGUGGAGGGGGAGACAGAUCCAGCCCAGAGUUCUGAGUGGUUUCCUGUUGCCUGGCUCUAAACCCCUCCACAUUCCCGCGGACCUUCAGACCGCCGGAGAGAGCUCAGCCUGCUGCCUGCCUGCCACUGAGGGUUCCCAUCACCAUGAGGGCCUGGAUCUUCUUUCUCCUUUGCCUGGCCGGGCGGGCCUUGGCGGCCCCUCAGCAGGAAGCCCUGCCUGAUGAGACGGAGGUAGUGGAGGAAACGGUGGCUGAGGUAUCUGAGGUAACUGUGGGAGCCAACCCUGUCCAGGUGGAAGUAGGAGAAUUUGAUGAAGGUGCUGAGGAAGCUGAAGAGGAGGUGGUAGCUGAAAACCCCUGCCAGAACCACCACUGCAAACAUGGCAAGGUGUGUGAGCUGGAUGAGAACAACACCCCCAUGUGCGUAUGCCAGGACCCUACCAGCUGCCCUGCCCCCAUUGGCGAGUUUGAGAAGGUGUGCAGCAAUGACAACAAGACCUUUGACUCCUCCUGCCACUUCUUUGCCACCAAAUGCACCCUGGAGGGUACCAAGAAGGGACACAAACUCCACUUGGACUAUAUUGGAUCCUGCAAAUACAUCCCCCCAUGCCUGGACUCUGAGCUGACUGAAUUCCCUCUGCGUAUGAGGGACUGGCUCAAGAAUGUCCUGGUCACUCUGUACGAAAGGGAUGAAGACAACAACCUUCUGACCGAGAAGCAGAAGCUGCGAGUGAAGAAGAUCCACGAGAAUGAGAAGCGCCUGGAGGCUGGAGACCACCCUGUGGAGCUGCUGGCCCGGGACUUCGAGAAGAACUACAACAUGUACAUCUUCCCCGUGCACUGGCAGUUUGGCCAGCUGGACCAGCACCCCAUUGACGGGUACCUGUCCCACACCGAGCUGGCCCCACUGCGUGCACCCCUCAUCCCCAUGGAGCACUGCACCACUCGCUUUUUCGAGACCUGUGACCUGGACAACGACAAGUACAUCGCUCUGGAUGAGUGGGCCGGCUGCUUCGGCAUCAAGGAGCAGGAUAUCGACAAGGAUCUCGUGAUCUAAAUCCACGCCUUCCUGUACUACCGGAUUCUCUCUUUGACCUUUCCCUUCCCAUUUCCCCCAAUGUUUAAAAUGUUUGGAUGGUUUGUUGUUCUGCCUGGGGACAAGGUGCUAAUAUAGAUUUAAAUGAAGACAUUAACGGUGCUAAACAUGGAAAUUGUAACCCAAGUCAUGACAUUCUUUGCUGUAACUCUGCUAUCAAGGCCUCUUGCUCAGCGACUAACGAGUCAUCUCGCUCACCUACUAACAGCCCCGUUUUCCUCUGGCCAUUUGAAGCGCUGCCCGUUGUCUUAGUGGCAAAUGGGUGGGAACUCUGAUCUGCUCACAUCUGCCUUCAACACAUCGCAUCUUCAGACUUCCUAUUUCUCUGUUUGAAACUAAUACUCACCAAAUCGGACUUUUAUGUUAAUUUUUAUUUCAGGGUAUUGGCUGCCAGGGGGUAUUCCCCACAUGGCCUGAAGGUGGGCAAAGGAAAGUAACAGACAUGUGAUGUACAAGGAUGUUUCUGGGACUAGAGGACCCGUGGUAGGAGAAAUUCCUGGAAAACCCACCAACCAGAACCGCAGAUAACCAGUCUUGUUUCUCUGGGGCUUUAAAUGAGAGUAAGAACCUGAGGCUGUGUUUCGAAAAUAUAUAUAAGCUCUUACUUAAACCAGCUCCUCAUCAUUUUCCCCCUCAUUUUCUAGUGCCAUUUCUUUGCACAUUAGGCUGUUUGUUCAAACUUUUGGGAGCUGUGGACCAUCGAUUUUCUGGAAUCCAACACGCCUCUGGGGGGUUGAUCACCACAUCUCACAAGGCUUUCGCCCUUCUGUUUUGGGGAGAUUCAGGACUGGGAGGCUGUUUCGACCAGGAAGACCAAAAUCAAGAGUGAGGCAGGUGUAGAAAGGUGUAAAAUAGAAAAAAUGGAGUUGGUGAAUGGUUUUUUUUUUUUUUGUAUUCUCCACACUUGGAUGGCUGUCACGGGGAGGGGGUCUUGCCCUCAGUUUCUAGCAUGUUCCUUCUUUUCUCCCCUCCCCACUCUUUUCUUUCUAUUAAUCAAGAGAAACUUCAAAGUCAAUGGGAUGGUCAGAUCUCACAGGCUGAGAACGUUCACCUCCAAGCAUUUCAUGAAAAAGCUGCUUCUUAUUAAUCAUGCAAACUCUCGCCAUGAUGUGAAGAGUUUGACAAAUCUUUCAAAAUAAAAAGUAAUGACAUAGAAACUG